UCAUCACACUCACUGCCUCAAGGAGAAGUUCCUCUGAGUGUUGCGAUUGGCCGAUGAGACCCCAGCACUGACUCGCUUUUCUUCACUGCCGAGAGAACCUGUGGGAGGAAAAUGUUUGAGUGACCUCCCCUCUCCCUCUCCCAGCGAGCCGCAUUGACGCUGGGGAGAACCUCGGAGAGCGAGCGAGGGAGAGAGACAGACCGAGAGAGAGAGAGAGAGAGAGUGAGAGAGAGGGGGACCCGCAGGGCUGCCAUGGCCGACCCCAUCAUGGACUUGUUCGACGACCCCGGCCUCUUCGCUGAGGGACUGGACUCGCUGACGGCCGGCUCCAUCGCCGACGACCUGGACCUGGGCGAUGGCUUCGAGCCCCUGGAGCCGGAGCCGGGCCCCGACCUGACCAAGGUCCACCCGUUCGACGGGCUGCCUCAGUUCCACCAGCCGGCCCCCCAGAGCGGCCAGGAGCCUCACCCGCACCACGCCCCCUACGCCAUCUUCUCCGCCCUCAAGUCGCCCGGAGAGGCCUUCGACGACCAGGGCCCGCUGUGGGGGCAGCCCGCCCGCGACGGGGGGCACGGACUCCCGCCGGCCCCCCCAGCCUCGCAGGAGACCGAGUACCUGGCUCACCACGACUACGCCUUGCAGCAGAGUGACCCGCAGCAGCAGCAGCAGCAGCCGCCUUCCGCCGCUGUCCCCGCUCGGACGGCGCCGGCCCUCGCCACGCAGCCUGCCCUCGACCCUUUCUCCCAGGACCGCGACGCCCUCAGCCAGGGCAACCCCUUCAUGGGGGUCCACGGCGCGCGGCCGGCGGCUGCCAUUCGCAAGGCUCCUUCUCCUCCCGCUCCCCCCCCUCCUCCUCCUCCUCCUCCUCCACCUCCACCUCCCGUGGCGAACUCUGCUCCUGCCAGGACCCCAGACCAGGGGCUAGCCCCCGCUCCUGUCCAGCCUGCGGCCGCUUUCGCCGUGCAGGUCCAGCAGACGGCCGCCGAGCCCAGCUCUUCGUCCCUCUCCUCGUCCACCACCACCACCACCACCACCACCACCACCACCACCACCUCGUCCUCCUCUUCCCAGUACAACAUCCGCUACUCCCUGCCCAGCCAGGCUGUGCCCAACGGAGGGGUGGUGGUGCCCCCCACAGCUGUGCUGGCCAGCACACAGGCCGUGUCUUACCUCUCCGGCAAUGCUGUCUUCACCAGCGCCAGCCCAAGCCAGGGCCAGGUCGCCCAGACCAACGGGCCCUCCAUCAACCAGGUCCUCCUCCAACCCGUGACAGCUCAGCAAAGCCAGGGCAACUUCACCGCAGCUACCCUGACCACUGUCAAACCCAACGUGACCAUCGCACCCUCGCCAGCCUCUCAGGGCGACCCCAAGCGGAUCACACUGGUUCUCCAGCAGCCACCGGGGUCUAACCAGCCGGGACAGCGCCACGUGAUGAUGAGGACCCUCCCCGGCAAGAUCCUGAUCCAGGGCCAGCAGAUCACGGCCCUGGCGCACGGGCAGGGCGGCAAGGGGCUGCCGGGCCAGGCCGGCAAGGUGGUGACCAUCCAGCUGCAGCUGCAGAACCCCCAGCAGAAGCUGCAGCCCUGCCAGAUGAUCCUGCAGCAGCCCGUGACCGUCGCUCCGAGCCAGCCGCAGCAACCUCAGCCGCAGCAGCAGCCGCAGCUCCAGACCGUACCGGCGCAGGUCGUCACGCAAGCCCCGGGACUCCGGCAGCCGCAGAGUCAGCGUCUCACCGUUCCCCUGCAAGUUACCCUGCAGCAGCCGGCGCACUCCCAGGUCUCGGGGCCCACGCUCUCCGUGGUGACGGCCCAGGUCACCGGCGUGGCCAGCGAGCACCAGCGCAAGCUGGAGCACCAGAAGAAGCAGGAGAAGGCCAACCGCAUCGUGGCAGAGGCCAUCGCCCGGGCCAAGGCGCGGGGCGAGCAGAACAUCCCACGCGUCCUGGCCCACAACGAGCUGACGGGCAGGUCCUCGGGGGCCGAGGGCGAGGAGAAGCGCAAGAAGAAGAAGGGCAGCUCCCGCCCGAAGGAGGGGGACGGCAAGAAGUCGCGUUCCUCCGCCAAGCCUGGCUCGUCCUCGUCCUCCUCCAAAACCAAGGGCAAGUCGAAACCCAGCACAAUCACCCCGGUCAUCGGGAAGAAGAGGAAAAAGAUGGGAUCGUCGGAGGAGAAUUCCGAUGUGGAGCGUUCUCCAGCGCACUCCUCCAAGGACGAUGAUGAAAGUGCCACUCAGAAGAGACGCUCCAAUAGACAGGUGAAGAGGAAGAAGUACACUGAGGACCUGGACCUGAAGAUCACCGACGAUGAGGAUGAAGAGGUGGACGUCACGGGCCCUGUGAAAAUCCCAGCCAUUGUCGAUGUGGAUGCCAGCUUGCAGACCAUGCAGCUGUUUGUGGAAAACCCCAGUGAGGAGGAUGCUGCGAUUGUGGAUAAGAUACUGUCAUUCAGAGUGGCUAAGAAAGAGCCUUUGACCCCCCCACCUCGCCCCUUCAGGCAAGCACCCAUCGAACUCAGCCUUAAAAACAUUAUACCUGCUUACAAGCUGCAAGCCGGA